AUGUCGCAACAUUAUCAAAACAGCUGGCGCCCUCGGCAACAGAACCGCGACUACAGAGCGCCCAAAGUGAGCAAGUGGCUGGAUGAGAAACAGAAGGAAGACGACCAGAUAGCUCCGGAUGGCGUUUCCGGAUCCGCCAGCCAUCUCGAACGGUGGGCUCUAAUGACAGCGGACAUGCCAGAGCACCCUCCUAAGCGUGCCAAAGCGCGAGAUAUGGAGGAAGAGAUCCGCGAUCGCAUUCACCGAAGAUAUCAGGGUCCAAAGCACCUUCCACCAGCGACUUCCCAGGACGACCCUGAGCCGAUGGACGAUCGCAUGGUGAUCGAUCUUACAGGCGAUGAUGACGUACAGCCCCAAGCCCUCGUACCCAAAACGACCACAAAGCGUCCCCGCUCACCAUUUCCGGUUCCCGACACACCGCGCGUCAAUCUCAGUAGUGUAAGCUAUGUCCAGACCGUCAAACGCCGUCGGUCAAGAUCACCAUCGCCCAAGAGAUCUGCUUACUCUGCGUUCAGCGCUCGAACAUGCGGUACAAAGGCGAUGAGCAUAGCAGAGUCUGACGAGGACUAUGACUAUUAUCAGUCGAGUGAGUGGAGCUUCCCGAGUAGUGAAGAUGACGAUGAAGAGAUGGAAUGA